AGGGCUAAAGGCCAACUCACCGUCGGUCUUGUUUGAUACUAGCAUCAACUAGCUUUCAUCCGCAUCCAACAGCUCUUCAGCAUGAGCAGAGCGGAUAGCAGCCUGUUACUUGCAGGGGAGGAGGAGCAGGGCCAGGGCAAGUACACCGACAUCGAUGAAGCGACCCCUUCCAAGAAGCCGCCGCUGUCGACCCUCAGGCUCAUCUGUCUUAACAUGCACGCUUUCAACUAUGGCUUGUUCUAUGCUUCGGUCGGCGUGCUCCUGCUCCCGGAGGAGGCCCUGCACAUGUUCAACGAGUCGCACGCGAUCUUCCUAGCUGUCAUGUUGGUCAUAGCCGGGGUCAGCCAGCUGAUCUCACCUGCAGCGGGGUAUUGGUCUGAUAGGUUGAUCUCUAGAAUGGGUCGUAGGAUGCCCUUCAUCUUGGGGGGGAACUUGGUCUUGUUCUUGUCUCUGGGGUGUAUGUAUCUAGCAAGGACGUACUUGUACGGUUACACUUACCUGCUUCUUCUCUUCGUGGCAGUCUUGGCUCUCAAUGUUGCCUACACUGGCUUCACUGGGCUUGUGUCAGAUGUUGUCGACAUGUCACAGAUGGGAUACGCGUCGGGAAUCAUGGGGGGGUUGACGGCAGCAGGGGCAGUGCUGGGACUGGUCAGUCUGGGCUUCUGGAUCCCGCUGGACAUGGCGUACGGACUGUACGCCAUUGCAGUGGUCGCAACGACGCCCUUCACUUGGCUGUCUGUUCGAGACGCUCCGCUGCCCUUCGACAAGCAGAAACCUUACCUCUUCUCGGAGCUGCUCAAGAGCUACUGGAUCUCCCCGACGACCCACGGGGAUUUCUUCUGGGUGUUCGUCUCGCGUACUUUCUACUACAUGGGUGUUUCCAUUCAGAUAUACAUCUUGUACUACCUCAAGGAUACCAUGAAAGACCCUGAGAUCAGCGGCAAUGCACAGAAAUACACUGCGAUCCUAUGCAUUCUGUCCCAGAGCGCGUCAGGAAUCGUCGCUGCGGUCUCCGGCAAGUUCUCAGACGGGAUGGGCAGGAAACCUCUAAUCUACUUCUCCUGCCUCAUCAUGGCCUUGGUGUACAUCGGUUACUGCUUCAUCGAUGACUACCAGUGGGUCAUCGCUCUUGGCCUCUGCUACGGAGCCAGUAAUGGGGUCUAUUUGGCGGUAGACUAUGCCCUGGCUGUCGAGUGUCUGCCACAGAAGGAAGACCAUGCUCGCGAUCUUGCGAUGUGGGGCAUUGCCGCCUUCUUGGGCACAAUGUUCGGUCCCUGCGUUACUGGCCCCAUGCUGACCAUCAUCGGUGGCCAAGGGACAAGCCAUUAUGCAUUCCGUGGCUACGUCGCUGUCAUGAUGACUGGAGUGGUGUACUGUGCUUUCUGCGGAGGUUUCAUCUACCGCGUGCGGAAGGGAGAACCGACGUAUCAUUUUUCAGAGAGCGAAAAUGUUUAGAUAGAUAGUUGCGAAGGUAAUGAAUUACCUUGUGAAUCGGACGGAAAUUCGAAAGUAAUCUCACCUUUAUUAUCAAGAUGCAAACAAACACAAUCUGCCAAAGCUUGCUAACUGGACGAAUGAACGAACCAGUCAUCAGACUGCUCAUUAUUUCUUGUGCAAUUCACUAGUGCUAGAAAUCUGAUGGUUCUAAUCUCAAGAUCCUAAAAACCAAAAUGUCAGGAAACAAAGCUCUCAAAGAUUGUGCAUUUUUCUUGUCCGCAGCUUCCAUACCCCCUCACAGUAAGGUGUGCCGAUUCCUAUACUUCGCAGAGAAUAUUGCGGUUAUGAUACCAAAUAAUAUCUUUGCAACCAAUUGAAAAUCAUUCAGCUCACAUACGAGAAUGGGUUGCCCUUGAUCUGGCGCGAAAUGUAAUCUUGAUUGAAUCGCGUGAAAGAAUGGAACUGUUCUGCGAGCUUGAAGUUCAAGAUCUUGUUGUAUUCUUCCCUCAGUGCUGUUUCCCUCUGCUGUACCACUUUGCUCACAAUGCUUGUAAGCUCCUCGUGCGUAUAAAGCUUCUCAGAUGGUCUAUCCGUAUUCACCACGGGCUGUUCGCCUUCGUUCAUGUUCUUCUUUGACUGCUGAAUGUGCUUCCGAACAUAUCCAUCGAUUUCUUCUGAUUCUAUCGGCCUCGUCGCUGGAAAAGGAUUCUCCCUCACACCAACCCCGAUCGGUACACCAGCCUGCGCAGCUUUCGUUGCCAUCAUCUCCGCAUACCUCUGUCUUUUGGAGAUCUGCAAAAGAUCCAUUGAGGAAGAAUCUGUGCCAAGGUGCGCCGACAUGGAGCACGUGGUCGGUAGCGCAUCACUGAGCGUUUCCAGAUCCAAAGGUCGCUUCAUUCCAAUCAUCGUCAUUCUUGGGAUUUUGGAUUUGUCUGUGUCGAUGUUAAAUAAGCUUUGAUAUCCCGUGGAGUUUUUCCAAUCAGUCAAGAUGAGAAACAAUCUGAGCUUAUCCUGCCCAAAAGCGUUAGUCAGAUGAUAAGGUAAUUUCCCCAAAUGUUUGGACCAUCAAAGUUGUAAAGGAAUCUUCCGAUUCAUACUUUCAUUUCAAGCCACCAAUACCCUAGCUUUCUGCUCUCAGUUCCUCGUGAAACCUAUGCAGGCCAACACAGAGACCAAUCGACAAGAAAUAUGAACAUACGCUGUAAGAUUGGUUAUAUUUGAUAUGCUAUCGAGGACUACGCAUGUACGAAUAUAUCAAAUUCCUUUGAACGAACAGAAACAACUUCCUCCAUUUGAUCUUCGUGUUCAAGAAUUCAACAACCAAAUGUAUCAUCGAAAGGUAGACAAGUCUUGCUCACAACAUAAAAAUUCCAAAGGACUGAAUGGACCUUCCUCAUAAUGAACUAGCCAUCAAACCCCCAUUCUGCCCUAAACGAGACCGCUUACACUAAACCAGAAACUAUGCUGAUCGCCUAUCAUAAAUCAUGUACAAACCUUUCAAAGAACAAGCUCUUGGCUAAAGUAGAUGCAUCAGAACUAUUACAAACACUGAUUCUACUCCUCUCGCGUCCCUUCCCCCCGUCCACUCCUCAACCAUGGCCUUGCUUCACUGCACUUCGAGCAGAGGAGCGGCGAUGGCGGU